CCGUCCAUGUUAGAUGAGACUCGUGAAAGAAACUUGAACAACUUAAUUAGGUUGCUAUGAGGGUUAUAUUUUCUAAAAAAAAAAUAUUCUUGUAGAUAGAGCUAGAAACUGAUCCAGAAAACAAUAACGUGAGGUUCGAUCGAUAGGUGAUUAAACAUAACCGGGGUAAUACAACGGGAAAACAAAAUUGUGGGAUUAAAUGAUAGAAUGAUUAAGCAAUAAAAAUAUGUAGUUAACUAUUAAAAGGUAAACAAUAGUUAAAUUAUUUAGCAAAAAAUAAAUUUAGCAAAAAAAAAAACAAUAGUUAAAUUAUACAUUUUAUUUUAUUUAUUCAUCUUACAAAACCAUUUGAUGGAUCUAAAAUUUGAUUCCAUAAAAUAUGAAUUCCGUAUAAGAUACCAAACAUUUGUCUAUAGAGCAUUCAAAUAACAAAUCAAAUCAAAAUUUUGGUGAUCGUGAUGAAUCACUCCAUAUACAAACUUUAGAUCACACAUUACUGCUUCUAAUUAGUAUUGCUUGGAAGAUAUAUACUUACUUACAUUCAUCCAUAAAAACAUCUAUAUAUAUUAACACAAAUUAAACUUAUAUUUUAAUCCAAUAGCUCAUUUAGUAUGGAAAUGCAGUAAUUUAGAGCUAAAAAGAGGCACAACGGUAGAAACUAGAAGUAAAAGAAGGUGGAGGAAAGGCAUGCACUCUAAAUGAAAUUACAAUAUAAAUCAUAAAAGGCAUCACGCAGUGAAUGUAAAUGUAUCCAACUUCACAAACGUGACGUAUCUUUAUGUAUAUGCAUACAUUUUCUCUACUUUGUACUUAUACAUACUGAUCAAGAGAAUAGUAAGAGAGAGAAAGUUAAUAAGAGAAAAGAAUGUCACGAGACAGCGACAUGGUGCAUUUAUGAACCCUUGAAAAAAAAUAAACCCUAACUUUCUCUCGUUGUUUGCGGCUGUAUAAAUACCACGUUGUUUUGAAGAAUGUGUCAAAAAAGGUGAAAAGUGAUCAUCUUCUUCUUUAUAGAUACGAACCGAAGAAGAGAUAUAAUUGAAUAUUAGUCAAAGAUCAUGUCUCACAUCGCUGUUGAGAGGAAUCGAAGAAGGCAAAUGAACGAGCAUCUUAAAUCCCUCCGUUCUUUGACUCCUUGCUUCUAUAUAAAAAGGGGAGAUCAAGCUUCGAUAAUCGGAGGAGUGAUAGAGUUCAUCAAAGAGAUGCAGCAAUUAGUGCAAGUUCUCGAGUCCAAGAAACGCCGAAAGACACUAAACCGGCCUUCUUUUCUGCAUGAUCACCAAACACUCGAGCCAUCCAUAUUAGCCGCAGCCACCACUAGAGUGCCCUUUAGUCAAAUCGAGAAUGUGAUGACCACAAGCACUUUCAAGGAAGUAGGAUCAUGUUGCAACUCCCCUCAUGCUAACGUCGAAGCCAAGAUCUCAGGCUCUAACGUUGUAUUGAGAGUUGUCUCUAGGCGAAUUGAGGGCCAGCUUGUGAGGAUCAUAUCCGUCUUGGAGAAGCUAUCUUUUCCGGUUCUUCAUCUCAAUAUUAGUAGCAUGGAGGAGACUGUUUUGUACUUCUUCGUUGUUAAGAUAGGACUGGAGUGUCACAUAAGCUUAGAGGAGCUAACCUUUGAAGUUCAGAAAAGCUUUGUGCCUGAAGUAAUCGUCUCUACCAACUAAAGUCAAAAUUAUACAUGUACUAGCUAGCGCGUAUCGUUUACAUGAGCAUGCUUGACACUUUGCUAGAAAUAAGCUCAUACAAACUUAAUUAUUGUUCAACUUGUAUCGACCUUAUUCAUAUGUUUUAAUUACUCGCUUCGUUGUUGUAUCCAAAACUCGAUCAAAGUUAUAAUUUUCCAUAAUAAAACCAUCGCAACUAGUUAAUACUUCAA